ACAAUCAAACUUAUUUAAGCGAAAAAAAAGAGUCUGCUGCUUUUACAGAAGGUUCUGUUACCUUCGUUGGAAAUUUUAGUGGCUCUGUUACCUUUGCUAGAGGUUCUAUAUUCUUUGCAAAGGAUUCUAAUGCUACAUUUGCUGAAGGUUCAGUUGCUUUUGAGGAUGAUUCUGAUACCAGAGGUUUUAUUGUUCUUGUCAAAGAAUCUGAUACUUCUAGAAAAGAAAUUGAAAAUAAAGUACAAAUUAAUGUUGCAGGAUUUUCUAUACGUCAAAAGAGCGUUAAGCUUGAUAAUGAUGGGAUAGUUCAACGUCAUACAUUUGAAUGCAGUUUUUCUAGUAAACCAAUUUCUAAUCAGAUUUAUCAAUUCAUGGACAUCCCACUAUAUAAACAUAUCAAAUCAGCAUUAGAAAAUGCAUUCCAUAGCAUUAAAAUUAGUGCUUUUAAUCCACCUGAUCCUAAUUUACAAUCUUCAUCAAGAAUCCCUUUACAUAUCUAUGAUGUUAGCAAUCAUAGACAAGAUAAUGAUCAUAUGAUACUUGAUGAUAUAAGCGAAAAUAUAAGCAAAUGA